CCGCGCCUCCUUUCCUUUCCACUGCAAUGUCCACCACCACCACCACCGCGGCAGUGAAAGCGCCACAGACCAUCCCGGGAUCGGACAUCCCGACACUCCUGACGCCAAUCCAACUCGGUUCCUCAGCCACGCUCGCGCACAGGGUGGUCCUGCCGCCACUGACCCGGCGUCGGGCUUCUUUUGGCGGAACUCCGAACGUUGAGCUCAGCGGGCGCUACUAUGCUCAGCGCGCGACUGCCGGCGGGCUGCUGAUUGCCGAGGCCACCAACAUCACUGCUCAGGGCCAAGGGUACCCGAGCACCCCGGGCAUCUUCAAGGAGCAGCAUGUCGAAGCGUGGCGCAGAAUCACGGAUCGAGUGCAUGCAGUCAACAAGAACAAGACCAGCAGUGAUUCGGUGUCUGCAUCGAACGCAGCGCCCGCCGUCUUCUAUCUGCAGCUGUGGCAUGUCGGUCGUGUGUCGUUUGCCGAGUACCAGCCGGAUGGACGCGCCCAGGUGGCUCCGAGCGCCGUUGCCAUUCCCAACACGAACGGGAUGCUGCCGGACGGGACUGCCACGCCGCACACUGUGCCGCGAGCGCUCGAGAUCUCUGAAAUUGACGCCAUUGUGGACGACUAUGCCAAAGCGACCGUGAAUGCGCGCCGUGCUGGCUUUGACGGCGUCGAAAUCCACGGCGCCAACGGAUAUUUGAUUGAUCAGUUCUUGCACGCCGGAUCAAACACCCGCCAAGACGAGUAUGGCGGCAGCAUUGAAAACCGCGCCCGUUUCCUCUUCCGCGUGGUGGAGGCUGUGAUUGCUGCAUGGAAAUCUGGCAACGACCCUGCUGACAACACGCACUCGGUUGGCUUGCGCCUCGCACCCUUCGGCACCUUCCUCGCCAUGUCGGAUCCGAACGAGGACGAGUUGUUCUCGUAUGUGAUUGAGCGCCUCAACCAGUACAAUCUUUCCUUCCUGCAUCUGAUUGAGCCGCGGGUGGCAGGAAACCAGACCUGCUCUGAAGUCGAAGAGACGGUGGUGCUGGACAAGUAUGUUCAUCUGUACAAAGGACCCAUCAUUGCGGCGGGUGGUUUUCAGCCUGCAGCUGCUGAGCGAAUCUGCUCUGCCUACGCCAAACAGGGCCAUGCAGUGGCUGUUGCUUUUGGCCGCUCGUUCAUUUCCACACCCGACUUGCCUCGCCGACUGUUGCUUCGUGCGGAGCUUUCGCCCUACAAUCGAGCUACCUUUUACACGAAUGAUCACAUUGGGUAUACCGAUCAAUCACCUCUUUCUGAAUCCGAAGUGGAGCAGCACCUUGAUUUGCUGAGCAAAUCUCGCGGCAUUGAUGACCUUCGCGCGUUGAACCUUGCGCUCUCUCCUAUUGGCGUUUAAGAACUCACUCGAUCCGAUUAUUUUCGAUUGCUUGAGGCUGAUUUUGUAUUCUCUCAAAAAAAUUACAUUGGCAUGUCUGCUC